AUGGCGGGUGGAGUUUUAGUUGCUUCAACAAAUGGAAGGCAAUAUGAAGGAAAGGUUACAAUGUUUGUUUUGGUCACAUGUUUGGUGGCGGCCAUGGGGGGUCUACUUUUUGGUUAUGAUCUUGGUAUUACAGGAGGAGUGACUUCCAUGGAACCAUUUUUGGUUAAAUUCUUUCCUGGUGUUUACAAACAAAUGAAAGAUGAAUCUGGACACGAGAGCCAAUAUUGCAAAUUUGACAACGAGCUCCUUACUUUGUUCACAUCUUCCUUGUACCUUGCGGCUUUAAUAGCUUCUUUCUUUGCUUCCACAACUACAAGAAUGUUAGGACGCAAGGCCUCAAUGUUUGUAGGUGGCUUGUUUUUCCUUAUUGGAUAUUGUAAUCAGUCAGUUCCAGUGUAUUUGUCUGAAAUGGCUCCAGCAAAGAUUAGAGGUGCGCUCAACAUGGGCUUCCAAAUGAUGAUCACUAUUGGAAUCCUAGGGGCAAACAUUAUCAACUACUUUACUUCUAAUCUUGAGAGUGGAUGGAGAAUUUCUUUGGGUAUCGGAGCUGUCCCUGCAAUUCUGUUGUGUAUAGGAUCUUUUUUCUUAGGUGACACGCCAAACUCUAUGAUUGAAAGGGGACAAAAAGAAGGAGCUAAGAAAAUGUUGCAAAAUAUUCGUGGCAUUGAUAAUGUCGAUGAGGAGUUCCAAGAUCUAAUUGAUGCUAGUGAGGAAGCCAAAAAGGUGGAACAUCCGUGGAAGAAUAUUACACAAUUGAGAUACAGACCUCAACUAACAUUUUGCUCUCUUAUUCCAUUCUUCCAGCAACUCACAGGCAUCAAUGUUAUCAUGUUUUAUGCCCCUGUCCUUUUCAAAACUUUGGGCUUUGGAAACAAUGCUUCCCUCAUGUCUGCAGUAAUUACCGGAGGUGUCAAUGUUCUUGCUACUUUUGUUUCCAUCUUCACUGUGGACAAGUUUGGAAGAAAGAUUUUGUUUCUUGAAGGUGGUGUCCAAAUGUUUAUUUGUCAGAUUAUUGUUGGAAGCAUGAUUGCUAUCAAGUUUGGAGUUAGCGGUGAAGGCUCAUUUACACAUAUUGAAGCUAAUCUUCUUUUGUUCUUCAUAUGUUUGUAUGUUUCCGCAUUUGCAUGGUCUUGGGGUCCAUUGGGAUGGUUAGUUCCUAGUGAAAUAUGCUCUCUUGAGGUUCGCUCUGCAGGUCAAGCUACCAAUGUUGCUGUGAACAUGUUGUUCACCUUUUUCAUUGCUCAAGUUUUUCUUACUAUGCUUUGUCACUUGAAGUUUGGAAUUUUCUUCUUCUUUGCUGGCUUUGUUCUUAUAAUGACAAUUUUCAUUGUCAUGUUUUUUCCCGAGACAAAUAAUGUCCCAAUUGAAGAAAUGAAUAAAGUGUGGAAGUCUCAUUGGUUUUGGACAAAGUUUGUUCCAGAUGGUGUCGUUGAUCAAGACCAUAAGGUUGUUGCUUGA